UCGUCGCCUGUCUGUCAGUUGUCAACUAGUAGUGGAAGAGAACGGUUCAAAACAAGUGGAACUCCGUGUCGUUUGGUACUCGGUUGGUGUAUGGUGGAGAUUUUCCUCGCCCCAAAACGGUCAUUUAUCGCGUACAGUCACCCGCUGGACCCGGACUAAUCGCUACUGGACCCCCUAAGGAGUCGGAACAUUGCGCUCCCGGACCGGAUCGGACCCAUCGGUGGCUAGAUUAUUGCCUACCGGGUCAAGCUUUGCCAAAAAUAUCCAGCAAGCCAGCUAACCGAUCUUGGUUACAUGUCCGCAAUCGGCAGCAGUAGCACCGGAAUUGGCAACCGUGACGGAUCUUGUAUCGUGCGGAAGGAAUGAUUUUACAGUUAUCCUGCGCUGUGCCUUCUACUACAACAGCAGCAACAACAAUAAUUAGAAUAACGACAACAGAAACAAUAGAAGCAUUUGCAUUAGCAGCAAUACCGCCAGGGCUAGUAGCACGAGCGACGUCGUGAAAUGACCAUCAUCCUGUUCUUGGUGGACACGUCGGCGUCCAUGUGCCAGAAAGCGCACGUCAAUGGCGUCCAGAAGAGCUAUCUGGACAUUGCAAAGGGCGCGGUGGAGACGUUUCUCAAGUACCGACAGAGGUCACAGGACUGCAUGGGCGAUCGGUACAUGCUGCUGACGUUCGAGGAUCCACCGAACAAUGUGAAAGCCGGUUGGAAGGAGAAUCACGCGACGUUUAUGAACGAGUUGAAGAACCUGCAGAGUAAUGGGCUCACCUCGAUGGGUGAAGCGUUGAAGAAUGCGUUCGAUUUGCUAAAUCUGAACCGGAUGCAAAGUGGCAUCGAUACGUACGGACAGGGUCGGUGUCCGUUCUAUUUGGAACCGUCGGUCAUCAUCGUGCUGACCGACGGCGGAAAGUAUUCGUUUAGGAAUGGCGUACAUCAGGAGAUCAUCCUACCGCUGCAUGCUCAAAUCCCCGGCACUAAGCUCACGAAGGAACCGUUCCGGUGGGAUCAACGGUUGUUUUCGCUGGUGCUGCGGAUGAGUGGGAACCGGGCGGACGAACGAGUGGACGGGAAGGUCCCGCAUGAUGAAUCGAUGAUCGAGAAGAUGUGUGAGGUAACCGGUGGCCGAUCGUACAAGAUCCGCUCGCAGUACGUGCUGAACCAGUGCAUCGAGAGUCUGGUACAGAAGGUCCUGCCGGGAGUGGUGAUCCACUUUGACCAGUUGCUCACCGCCAACAAUGGGGAAAACGGAGGCGGUGGUGCCGAUCUGCAGUUCCAGUCGAUCAAGCGCAUGAUCUACGUACAGAAGCACCCGCAGCAGAAAACCUUUCCGGUGGGCUUUUGGCCCAUACCGGAACCGUACUGGCCGGAUCCGAAAACGAGCAACCUGCCGCCGAGGGAUGCUCAUCCGAAAAUCAAAAUCAUCACCCCCUGCUGCGAUGAACCGGUGAUGCUGAGGAACUUCCCAAUCGAUAAGUACGAACUGGAACCGAGUCCGCUGACGCUGCAGAUCCUGUCCAAGAAGGAAACCAACAAGAUAUGGCCGCUGAUCGUGUCGAGUGGGAUGCAUGGGAUCGAGAUGCCUUUCGGAUUUCUCAAGCCGAGCAGCACGAUGACCGUUGUCAAUCUGUACGUGCUGCCGUACAACUAUCAGACGUUUCUGCCGCUGAUCAACGAUCUGUUCCACAAGUACAACCUGAAUCCACCGAACGAUUGGAUCUACAAGUUUAGCAACUACGUAAAAUCGAUCCCACAGUACUACUGUCCGUUCUUGCGGCGGGCACUGGCGUCGACACCGAAUGUACCUUACCAGUUGGUGCAAUACAUACUGCCGGAGAAUUUGGACAGCUAUCUGAGUCCGGCAGUGGCAACCUAUCUGAAACAGAUGAAGAACACCGCCAAACAGGAUCAGGAGAAUCUGUGCUUGAGGGUAUUCAAGCAGCUGAAGCAACCGAAGCCGGCGUACCAUCAGCUGGAGACGGUAAAACUAAACCCGGGCCUUCCGCUGAAGCGAGACUUGAUAUCGCACCCGAUGUUGAAGGAUGCGUUCAACAAGGUGCACGCGGACAUAGCUAGUUUCGAUAACUACACGAUUGUGGUACCGACUGUGAUGCGACCGGCUUCGACGAAGAACUACCGGAAUCCAUUCGACAUCCCCCGGAGGGAUUUGAUCGAUGAGAUCGCCCGGAUGCGGGAAAAUUUCUUCCGUUUGCCAACCAGUGGGAUUAUGGUGUUCACCAAGGACAGUGGGCACUGCCUGCCGAUUGCAGACAUGGGUAACUAUCAGGAGUAUUUGAAGAACAAGGAGGCGCCACUGAAGGAGCUGGAACCGACGAACGUGCGGCAGCACAUGUUUGGCAAUCCGUACAAAAAGGACAAGAACAUGGUAAUGGUGGACGAAGCGGAUUUGAACGAAAUCGCACCGACAAAAGGCGGACGGGGUGAAAUUGCAGCAGGCGCGUUGAAGAAUAGGACAGACUCGAAUGCAAGACUGAGCCGAAAGCGUAAAGCGGGACCAAUUAGGAAGGAUUAUAUUUUCAAGCGACGGUGCUUCGGGUUGAGUUUAAGCUCUUCGUCCAGUGUGACGUCGGAAACGAGUUCACUGGCUGAUUUCACCUCCGAUGACGAUAAUUCUUCCGUGAGCAGCAUGGGAUCGGAGUCGGAACUCGAUGACGAUCACGAAGAUCGAUUAGUGGUGGACUUUGAGUUCCCCAACGAUAAGGAAGAGGAGAAUCUGUUAAAUGCGGACGUACGAAAGUUCAUCGAGGGACCGGACGAAGGCGGAAGCAUUGGCGUUGGUCCAGCCCCACCUGAUCCCAUGAACAUCACAGUUCCAGAGUACGCACAACCCGCCCCCAUUGCUUCAAUGCCCUACCAUCACCAUCAUCAUCACCACCCGCCGCACCAUCACCAUCUGCAUCCGGUGGUCGCUCCUCAGCCUAGUGCUGUUAUUUCCGGGCCAAGUUCAAGCUCUAGCUCAACUCUAAGCAGCAGCAGCAGCAGCAGUAGUAGCACCAGCACCAGUACCAGCAGUUCCAUCAGUUUAGCAUCCACUAGCGCGUCGUCGUCCAAUGAUAUGAACGAUGUGUUGGAAAUCUCCAAUAUCCUGAAGACCUGCCACAACGGUGGCAACAGUUAUGCUACACCCGAAGAGCCUCCUCCCGAACCGGAACCCAUCAAACCUCACAAACAGCAGAAAUUCACCAACAAGGGCGAAAAUUCAACCUCUAAAGCGGACAUCGCUGCUGUCACCACCAUAACCACCACCACCACCGCCGCCACUACUACUACCACUAACACCACCACCACCACCACCACCCCCACCAUCACCACCACCGGAAGUGAACGGAUUCUCCUGAACGGUGGAGACCAUUUCCCCCUAUCGACGACAUUCUCUAAGCCGUCAGCGCCUCCAAUGCGGAAAGCCCCUCGUCCACUGACGGAAGCCGAACGGGAGCGAAUACGGGAGGAUAACUACGAAACCCGAACGAUCGUGUUCAAGGACAUCCGACGGCCCGGACGUAACUACUCUCAACUGUUGGAGCACCUCAUCCUCAUCAAGGGCGACUUGCAGAUGAAGCAGGAGUUUAUCGAAAUGUGCGUCAACGAGGCGCUGCGGUUUCGAAGGCGGAAGAUGGCCGACAGCAUCCAGGAGUGGUGGGAUGGGCAGCUGGAAGCGAUGAAACAGGAAGAAAAGCUGCUGCAAAAACAGCAGCAACAAGCGAAAGCGAACUGCAUCAACAAUAGUGGUUAUUCGAAUCACCAAUCGGUUCGGCAUUCCCGGCUGCAAGCCGGCAGUGGUAGUAGUUCUAGUAAUAUUAGUAGUAGCAGCAGCAGCAUCAGUAGUAGCGGUAGUAGUAGUAGUAGCAGUAGUAAAAGCAGUAGUAUCCUUUUCUCCCACCAGUCACAUCCCCCCAGCAAACACCAGGGGCAGCAUAAACAUUCGAAUCAUCAAAGCAGUAGCAGUAGGAUAUGAGAAAGUGCACGUACCGGGCGUGUUAAAUUGUAAAAAAUAGAACUGUGGUAAAAUGAAAGGAUAUAGUUUCGUCUUACAAUUUUAUUUGAUCAUUGUUCAAAGUGUAGUUAAACGAAAGGACUGAGAACAAGCGUUUCGGUACGAGAAGGGAAGGAGAGAAAGCGAGAGGAGGGUUAAGUAGUUCAAAACUGGCUGAAGUGGGUGUGGCUGUUGCCGUCGUGAUGUCCGGAUGAACGCGCGUGCGAGAGAGAUGGGUGAUUUUGUUCUAUAAACGUAGUUUUGUUAAUGUUUUUUUUCUUAUAAUUUUAAAAUGCAAAAAAUGAUCACGGAAUGAAAGUAUAAAAUCAAAUUGAAUCACUCUGAUAAAGGCAGAAGAAACAAAAUGUAGCGGUAAGAGUAAGAGAAGUGGUGUACAUAGAUAAAUGUUAAAUAAAUUGCCUACAUGAUAAGAUUA